UGCUGUGUUGAGAGCAGGCGCAUGUUGUGAGAGUGUGUGUGAGUGAACAUAUUCAGAUCAUCUGUAGAGCUAACAUUAAUAAGCGGUGUUAAAGCGGAGAGGUAGAGAGAGAGAUGGAGAGAAUGGAGAGAGAGAUGGAGAGAGAGAUGGAGAGAGAUGGAGAUGGAGAGAGGGAAAGCGCGUAAUAAAGGUAAAAGAGCUCUGUUAGAGGAAGGAGCUUCUCGUGCAGAAUGUGCGCGUGAGGAACAGAAGAGGAAGAAACACACCGAGGAACUGAGAGUUUUAGGAGAACAGGAUGAGUCCGUGAAGCUGCUGGAGGAGCUGGUGUUCGGGGCUGAGGAGGAGCUGCUGGAGCGCUUACAGCACGGUGAUGAGGAGCAGCAGGAUGAGGACAGUGAGUCUGAGACGGAGAACGAGGCCAGGCUUCAUGUCCCCACAGAGAAGAAAGCGGUGUGGGAGGAUGAUGAUGAUGAAGUGGAGGAAGAUGUGGACAUGACGCACCGUUUCCGGAAAGACUUCACUCGCAGUGACACUGAGACAUCCAUGUCCACACACAGACUGCAGCAGCGCCUCAAAGAGCAGUUCCAGAAGGCGAUGGGCGGAGUCCCGUCCUGGGCGGAGACCAGUGUGAAGAAAAGCAGGAGGAAAGGUGAAGAUGAAGAGGAUGAAGAUGAUGAUGAUGAGUUGUUGAGGAGGACAGGGAAUUAUGUUGCUGCAUCUGAAACUCUCCCUAAAGGCAUUAUAAAGAUAAAGAAAUGUCUGAAUGCUAACAAUGCUAACCAGGGUGAAGGUCGCUUGACCUCGGUGCAGUUCCACACGUCUGCUCAGGUGCUCCUCACCGCCGGCCUCGACCACACAAUCUCCCUGUUCCAGGUGGAUGGGAAGACCAAUCCCAAAAUCCAGAGCAUCCACCUAGAGAACUUCCCAGUGAACAAGGCGUGUUUCAGCGCUGAUGGAGAGCAGGUGGUGGCUACAGGCAUGAGGAACAAACUCUUCUACAUCUAUGACAUGAUGGAGGGGAAAAUCAUCCCCGUGCCCAGGGUCAGAGGUCUGAAUGAACAGAGAGUGAAGGAGUUUGAAGUUUCCCCUGAUGGACAGUUCCUGCUCCUCACAGGUUCUUCAGGGUUCCUGCACCUCAUGACCAUGAAGACGAAGGAGGUGGUGCGCAGUGUGAAAAUUAAUGGCAGUGUGUGUGCAGCAGCGUUCAACUCGGAUGGCAGUAAAAUUUUUAACAACUCUGAGGAAGGUGAGGUGUUUAUAUGGGAUGUAAGGAGCAGUAAGUGUGUGAAGCGGUUUGUAGAUGACGGCUGUGUGACUGCAACGUCUCUCGCUGUGUCUAAAGACGACAGAUACCUGGCCUGUGGGUCCCAGUCAGGUGUGGUGAAUAUUUACUCUCAGAAGGAGUGUGUGGACAGUGUGUCUCCUAAACCUCUGAAGUGUGUGAUGAAUCUGCUGACAGCUGCAACAUCACUCUGCUUCAACUCCACCUCCGAGAUCCUGUCCAUCUCCUCUCGCUCUGAGGAUGAAGCUACACGCCUGGUCCACAUUCCCAGUUUCAACGUUUUCUCCAACUUCCCGCUGUUCCGCAAUAAAACUAUCUUCAGACCUCAGAGCGUUGAUUUCUCACCUCACAGUGGCUUCUACUCCAUUGCUAACAAUAAAGGACAAGCUCUACUCUUCAGGUUGCUGCAUUAUAAAAAUUUCUGAGGACGUGUACUUCACCACCAGGACCUACACACACACACACACACACACACACACACACACACACACACACACACACACACACACAAACAACAUUACAACCAUUAAUAAAUGUGUUUUUGACACAGA